AUGAAGACAUCCGUUAUUUUGGCUCUGUUUGGCUUUGUACUCGCUGUUGGCUUUUCAGUCGCACUAACUGAAAAUGAGUUGGCCGAGAUAGCAGAUGAAUUUGAAGAAGAAAAACUUCGAGGGUAGGUUGCAUCUAAAAAAUAUUUGGAAAUGGCAAUUCCUCCGAAGACAAUCCAUUGAGCCAGCGGAAGGGGGGGGGAGAAUUUAUUUAUUGACGCUUUCGUUUCAAAUUAUGGAAUCUAAAGUUAAGUUCAUAAAUGAAUUAUUUUUCUGAAAGUGGAUUUCUUGUUCAUAUUUCAGCGAAUACGACAUGAAAGAGAACGAUGGAGAGUUCGAUGAAGAGGAUCUAGAGGACAAUGAUAUGGCAAUCCCCAGAAGGUACGUUGCGGAAGAUGAAAUCAUUAGAUGUUCUAGUCUUCUCGGAUAAGGAUGAUAAACCGUCUCCUGCAUUUCCUCCAUAAUGGUUAGCAGGGGAACCCAGGGGAAUCCACGCUCUUCUCGCCAGAGUAGGGGACGUAGCUCCUGGUGUUGUGCUGUGACCUCGAUGUUGAUCAGUUAUAUAGGCCCCCAUUUAAACCAGCUCUAAUAAAUAACCAAUUCGUUCAAGUUUAUCUUUUGUAAUCUUUAUUCUGUCACUCAAUAAAAGCGAAGUGGCGGCCGAAGACGAGGAGUUUGACGAAAGAGCAUUCGAUAACGACGAUGAUAGAGACGAAGUUAGUGACGAAGGUGACGUAACAGCAAUAGAAAAGUCAGCUGACCCCUUUAUUCGCUUUAGACGUAUUGGACGCAAAAUAGGACGUAGGAUCAGACGUCCUGUUCGUCCAAGAAUUCGUCGUGCAAUACGUCGUGGUCGUCGUAUAUUUCGUCGUUUUCGCGGCUAACGCGGCCAACGAAGACCAUUUCUGUGAAGGUAAGUAGAAAUGAGAAAUGGGACUUGCAGCUCAUUCUCUCACUCAUCUCGACGACAUAUAUAACUCGGCCUCCUGAAGGAGGCAGUAGCCACAAAAAAUAGCUUAAAGGCUUUGGAGGGGUUCGAACUUUCAUCAUAUUGAUAGCUGUUUGCUGCACUAAAAUGAAUUUUGACCAACCCGAAGAGUGACUAGCAUCUAAAUUCUCCUUAAAAUAUCCUUCCUUAAUCACACUUUAAGGUCACGAGAAUAAAGAAAACGAUCACCAAGUAAAGAAGUUGUUGAUUGUUAAACAAAUUCUCCUUUUUAGCCGCUUAUAAAUUUUAUAGAGAACUGUAUGAAGAAUGUACAUACUGACGUUAAGAUGUAAAUGAUUAAGAGUGACCCUCAUUAGUACUUAUGUUUGACUUUUCUCUUCCCUGGCAGGUCUCGAUGAACACCAACCUCAAACAUGCAUGAGUGGAGAACUUGGAACAACUAAUAGGGCAGUUUUUAUGUUUCGGAAUAUUGUAAUACUUCUAGAAAGUAAAACUCCCCCCCCUGCUGAUAAAAUAUAAUGAGGAGGAAUUAAUGUAGAAGUAAUUAAAGAAAAUGUUGUGAUUUGCUAUAAGUUUGCGU